CGGAGAGGCGGAAGUGGGCGGGGCUAGCCCAAGCAGGUCCUGCUCAGACAGUGGGCUCAGGCAACGUCACUGCCCCAUCUCCUGGUCAGACUGUGAGGGACGGCAGCAAGCACUGGGCCCGUGGGAGCAGAUAGAGCGGGGAGGUCAUGUGACCUGGGGCAAGGUGAGAUUAUAGGACUGUGUUUACCAGCCAUAGAAUGCAAUGUAUCACCCAUUCUCUCCAUAUGUAUCCCAUACCUUCCCAUUACACACAGAUCAGGCUAUGGGUGUCAUUCUGUGUACACACAUCCCAGACUUGAUGUAUUUUGGGUUAAUUAAAGGGUAUUUGCAAUAUAUUUCUACCAUAGGGUGCUUUAUAUGCCCAUGUUUUAACCCACCCCCCCAAUUAAGAUUCUAUUUUUUUAAUGUAAUUUAUCUUCAUUUUUUUUUUAAUAAAACCAAUUUAAGACCCUCUGUAGAGAUAUUUACAUAUUUACCCCUUCUUUAAUAUAUCUGCUACAUUGGUCACAUCUUUGAUAUGUCAUAAUUUUAAUUUUCAGUUCAGAAUAUAGUGCCAUUUAAACCCAGCGUGUCAAUUAAUUACUAUUAAAUAUCCUGUUUGGUAUAUAUUUAAUCAUCUUGUAGACAUAUAUAUUUUUACUAAAAGAUGCUUGCUGCUCUAAUUAAUUAACCAGACUUCAGAUCAUAUAACACCUACCCUUAUAUAUGCACAUAUUGUAAGCCCCCUUUAGCCCCUUAAGGAUCAAACUUCUGGAAUAAAAGGGAAUCAUGACAUGUCACACGUGUGAUGUGUCCUUAAGAGGUUAAUAUGGCUCUCUCUUAAAUGUAAUAUAUCAUCAAUAUUCCUUUUUAAUAAAAAACAAUUCAAGACCAUCGUUCUAUAAUAUAUUUACAUUUUUACCCUCCUUUAAGAUAUCUGCUACUUUGGUCAAAUUUGUAAUAUCUCACAAUUUAAAUUUUCUGUUCAAAAUAUAAUUAAAAAAACAACUUGUUAGGUAUUAACUAUUAAAACAUCUGUAUAAUAUAUAUUUAAUCACCUUUUGGAACGUCUGUAAUAUAUGUCCAUAUAUAACCCUUAAUGUUUAAUAUCACACCAUUGAUUCUUCAGCAUAUGUCUUCGUUCGUUUGGUGUUUUUAAUGUGUUCAGUUAGUGAAUCCUAAUUUUAUAUUUGCUCGUUAUUUAAUCCCUUUCAUAUUUGAAUCUACUAUAAUGUAAAUAUCUGUAUUUAUUUAUGACCGUUCCGUUAUGUUUUGUUUAUUAUUUUUUUUGGUAAAAUUAUUAUAACAAAAUACUGUUUGGAUUUGUUUUUUUCUAAUUUCUCCUACGAAAUGUUGAUGUUUGCCAGGUACAAGAUAGUUUAUCCUUUUGAGAUAUAUAAUACUAUCACCCACAGAAGAGAUAAGAGUGUCAGGCUCAAGCAGUAUACCUGUUUAUUUAGGGAGAAACACCUCCGUUUAGGUAAAAGGUCAGGAAUAAGUUGGAAUGUCUUGGUUAAAUCGUGUCUGGAGUACUGUGUACCUUACGUUAGCAUGGAUAAUCCCUUGGCAAUUCAGUGUGAAUAUAAUUGCUUCUAAAUUAAGUUGUGACUGUUUCUUUAGCUGAUGAAAGUCUGCAUUUGCACAGUCCUUACAUAAGCUGUAUGUGAUCAUUCCAUGCUUGCAUCAUAUUGUAGGAUUCAUCAUUCUAGCUUGCCAAUACUUCGUCCCUUUACUGUGUCUCGGGUACCUGCGAACAUAAUGCAGUUUGCUGAUGUCCUGUCUUCUGGCGAUCAUAAGUCUUCUUGACCGUACUUAGCUUUGGAUACAGAAGCUGUAUUCAUUUGUCACCUCUAAUUUAAUAUAAUAAAUAUAUUUCAUGUUUACUUACUGGCUUAUCCUCCACAUAUAGUCACAAGGAAUUAACUGGUUUAGAACCCUGUGAAUUGUGUAGAAACAAGUCUUUUGAAGCUGAAAUUAAAGGAACACUAUAGUCACCUAAAUUACUUUAGCUAAAUAAAGCAGUUUUAGUGUAUAGAUCAUUCCCAUGCAAUUUCACUGCUCAAUUCACUGUCAUUUAGGAGUUAAAUCACUUUGUUUCUUUUUAUGCAGCCCUAGCCACACCUCCCCUGGCUAUGAUUGACAGAGCCUGCAUGAGAAAAAAAAAUGGUUUCACUUUCAAACAGAUGUAAUUUACCUUAAAUAAUUGUAUCUCAAUCUCUAAAUUGAACUUUAAGCACAUACAGGAGGCUCUUGCAGGGUCUAGCAAGCUAUUAACAUAGCAGGGGAUAAGAAAAACUUAAUUAAACAGAACUUGCAAUAAAGAAAGCCUAAAUAGGGCUCUCUUUACAGGAAGUGUUUAUGGAAGGCUGUGCAAGUCACAUGCAGGGAGGUGUGACUAGGGUUCAUAAACAAAGGGAUUUAACUCCUAAAUAGCAGAGGAUUGAGCAGUGAGGCUGCAGGGGCAUGUUCUAUACACCAAAACUGCUUCAUUAAGGUAAAGUUGUUCAGGUGACUAUAGUGUCCCUUUAACUAAUUUCCAUGAUUCAGAAAACACUCCAUAAAACUUCUUUAUUUUCUAUGCACUUAACACAAUAUUCACCAACUAGACCUCUCAGCACUUACUUACGACCCAAGGCUCUUACUUAUAAAAUUCCAGUAGGUAUGUUUACCAAAAUGUGGAUUGUUGGGAGAUCAAAUUAGAAUUAUAGGUAAUUUUAAAAUAUAGGCAAAAAUAGCUGAACUAGGAACAUAGCUGACUUGUAGAUUUUGUCCAAAACAGCUACUUUAGACUUAAAUCUGGAAUACACUUUCCCAAGCUGACCCAAAGGGUUGACAUUCGCUACUGUAGAAACAUCAUUGGUUCACCAUAUGUUCAAACGCAACCUUAAAAUCGUUUCUCUUUUACUAAUCUAAGACAUCUCUUAUUUUUAUUCAUGAGAUAAAAUUAGUAGCCAAAACAUGUCUUCUUUAUACUUCCGUUGUAUUAUUUUUUUAGUAGCCCAUUUCUGUGCAUUUUGUCCUGCUUCUUCCAAUCAUUUUGAGCUUGUGAGUUCCAACUGUGUAAUUGUAAAUAUAAAUUUCAUCUAUAAAUUAAUUGUGGCUCGCAAUGAGAACUAACAGACUUAGAGAAAUACCUACUUGAAUAUUGAUCUCUACAGAUUCAUGUUUGUAGACCUGAUAUUAAAUGUGAAAUGAUACAAAUCAACGUAUAUUUCCCAUCUCAUGUGAAGUAGUGGGCAUGAAAAAAACCCUAAAUAAUCUGUUGUUGAAGCCAGGCUAUGAGAACACAAAACUUCAAAAUUCUCAAUUUUUUUUAAUCUUCAACUCCUUCAUAAAAUCUCAUUAUGUAUCAAUAACAGUAAACUUACUAAUAUAGUAAAUGGAAUUCCAUCACCACAAUCUGAAUCAUCAGAUCACGUUUUAGAUUUAAAACUUUCACAUUAGUAACUUAAACUUUAUCUCUUUUUAAUUUAUUUUGAAUAUUUCAUGUUAUUACAAUAAUGAAAACUCUAAAUUGGUUGUAACCACGAUUAAAAGUUUAUUAAGAAUCGAAACGACUUACUUAAAAUAAAAAUUUUUAGAUAAUUUUUUUCAAUUAAACUUUUCAAAAAACCAAAUGUAAAUUGAGAAUGAAUUUGUUCUUACAAACAGGAUGUAACUUUUCUUAUAACCUUGGCGUAUUAGGGAAUUACUUCUUGCGCUGUCAAUUUUCAUUUAGUGAGUUUGAAAUAUUAAAUUUAACGUCACCUAAAUUAUUCUUCACAAAUGAAUUUUGUUCCUUUUUCUAAGCAACUUUACUACGCACGCUUCUUUUGAUCCAACUAUUUGUCAAAAUCUAGUUCGUCUUCAGCCGUUGAGGUUGAUAAUAGACCAGCAUUACUGCUAAGUUCUUCUUCCUGAUUUUCAGGCAGCCCAUUCAUCCAAAGUGCGACCUCACAAAGCGUUUGUGUUAGUUAUUUGUUCAUCCUACAAUAGAAUUGGAUGCUUUGAUACUACCUAAAUAGCAGCCAAUUAAAUAUAAUUUGUUAAAGAUACCUCACAUUCCUCAUUGAAUUAAGGUUAAAAAGUGCUCUUUAAUGUGCAUGAUUAAUGUUUUUUUGUCCCCAUAAAUUAUUGUGUAUAUAUAUUAUAUAUAUAUAUAUAUAUAUAUAUAUAUAUUAUUUUUUUUUUUAUCACGAUCCUUUUAUUUAUUUUUUACCAACUCCGACUACACGUAAUAUUGUUUUUAACUACACAGCUCUGCUUCCAAAUCCACAGUCCUGGUUGAAUCCCCUGUAAAUGCGAGAUGAUAUGAUUUUAGGAAGCAGUACUUUGGGCAUGAAUUUAUGAAUAAUUACUAGUCGAAAUCGUGGUUGUCUGCAGCACAGGACGUGAGGGAAGCAAUACCAUAACCAUGUUAGUUGCCUUUCCUUGGGUGUAAAUAGUGCCAGACAGUUUAUGACUUUAAAUCCUUGUUCUAAAUGGCAGUACCCAUUCUCUGCUUUAAUUUGCCGGUGUAAGGUCAUGUCAUAUUAAAGGGACAAUAACAUCGAAACAGUUUCUAUUUAAUCUAAAUAACUUUCAUUUUCUGCCAUGUGUUCUCUUUUGUAUCACAGAUAAAUGAUUGUUUCAUUUUUGGUUUGCAAUUCAGGACUUUCCCAGAGAUAUUUGGAAUACCAAAAGUACAGAGACACCCUAAGUAGUGUGUUUGGCUCUUAGCUAGUUUCAUUGCGUACAGGUGUUAAAAGUCAAGGCAUUGGCUAUGCAUUCCCCAUAGCUCAGACUUGACUGUACUGAAUAAUCUCAGAGACUUUUCAAGUGACACUGUUAUAGAAUACCAAGUUAGCUUGACCAGUGUCUGUUGUGCUAUACGCCAGAAUCCUCUGUCAUUGCUAUUAUCAUAGAGUGGAGAUAUCUAUAGACAAGGGUCUAUAUUUUUGCCAAGCUCACAGAAUAAAAAAAUGAUUUGCUCUGUUUCAAACUGCCUGAAUUAGUACACAAACUGUUCAUCUUAUUUCACAAGCUGAAGAAGCCACUGCAAAGGACAGAGCAACUCCUUGUUAAUGUCCAGGUGUCUGGAUUGACGAACAGGUUUCCAUCCAUGUUCCUUAGGUCUUGUGAUGUGUGAUGGCCCAGUGUUUUCAAGAGGUCCUCCCUUGAAAAUAUAUUCUAUCUCUUAGGUUGUUAGACCUUACGUAGGGGUGGUCUAGGCUUUUGCUUGGAAAGCUCAUGUUCCUCGUUUCUCAUUUAAAGAUUGUUUGUUUUAUAUUUGGUUAUAAAAAAAUAUUUCAUUAUAUAUGUAGCACAGAAUUCUCUGGUUCUGAUAGGUGGCUACUCCAAAGAUGGAAAACUUGGAGAGGUGGCCCUUUGUGUCUGUAUCAUUUUGUGUCUGUAUCAUUUUAAACAUUUUCAUUUUGUGUUUGUCCAUGUGAUUGAUAGUUAAAGUGUGUAUAUAUAAAUAUUUAUAUAUAUUAUAUUUGUGUAUGUAUAUGUACAUAUACAGUUGCAAGAAAAAGUAUGUGAACCCUUUGGAAUGAUAUGGAUUUCUCCACAAAUUGGUCAUAAAAUGUGAUCUGAUCAUCAUCUAAGUCACAACAAUAGACAAUCACAGUCUGCUUAAAGGACCACUAUAGGCACCCAGACCACUUCAGCUAAUGAAGUGGUCUGGGUGCCAGGUCCAGCUAGGUUUAACCCUUUUUUCUAUAAAAUGGGUUAAUCUAGCCUCUAGUGGCUGUCUCAUUGACAGCCGCUAGAGGGCUUCUGCGCUUCUCACUGUGAUUUUUCACAGUGAGAAGACGCCAGUGUUCAUAGGAAAGCAUUGAGAAUGCUUUCCUAUGGACUGGCUGAGUGCGCGCGCAGCUCCUGCCGCGCAUGCGCAUUCAGCCGAAGAGGAGGAAAAGAGGCGGAGAAAAGGAGGAGAGCUCCCCGCCCGGCGCUGGAGAAAGAGGUAAGUUUAACCCCUUCCUCCCCCCAGAGCCCGCAGGAGGGGGACCCUGAGGGUGGGGGCACCCUCAGAGCACUAUAGUGCCAGGAAGUGCCACGAGUAGGUUUUCCUGGCACUAUAGUGGUCCUUUAAACUAAUAACACACAAAGAAUGAAAUGUUGCCAUGUUUUUAUUGAAACAUUCACAGUGCAGGUGGAAAAAGUACAAAUCCUAUAAGUUUAAUAACUGGUUGAACCUCCUUUGGCAGCAAUAACUUCAACCAAAUGUUUCCUGUAGUUGCAGAUCAGACGUGCACAACGGUCAGGAGCAAUUCUUGACCAUUCCCUUUACAGGACUGUUUCAGUUCAGCAAUAUUCUUGGGAUGUCUAGUAUGAAUCGCUUUCUUGAGGUCAUGCCACAGCAUCUCAAUCGGGUUGAGGUCAGGACUCUGACUGGGCCACUUCAGAAGGCGUAUUUUCUUCUGUUUAAGCCAUUCUGUUGUUAAUUUACUUCUAUGCUUUGGGUCAUUGUCCUGUUGCAACACCCAUCUUCUGUUGAGCUUCAGCUGGUAGACAAAUGGCCUUAAGUUCUCCUGCAAAAUGUCUUGAUAAACUUGGGAAUUAAUUUUUCCUUCGAUGAUAGCAAUCCGUCCAGGCCCUGAUGCAGCAAAGCAGCCCCAAACCAUGAUGCCCCCACCACCAUACUUCACAGUUGGGAUGAGGUUUUGAUGUUGGUGUGCUGUGCCUUUUUUUCGCCAUACAUAGUGUUGUGUGUUUCUUCCAAACAACUCAACUUUGCUUUCAUCUGUCCACUUGUGCAAACUGUAAACGUUCAGCAAUGUUUUGUUUGCACAGCAGUGGCUUCCUCUGUGGUAUCCUCCCAUGAAAUCCAUUCUUGUUUAGUGUUUUACGUAUUGUAGAUUCGCUAACAGGGAUGUUAGCAUUUGCCAGUGACUUUUGUAAGUCUUUAGCUGGCACUCUAGGAUUUUUCUUUACCUCAUUGAGCAGUCUGCGCUGUGCUCUUGCAGUCAUCUUUACAGGACAGCCACUCCUAGGGAGAGUAACAGCAGUGCUGAACUUUCUCCAUUUAUAGACAAUUUGUCUUACCGUGGACUGAUGAACAGCAAGGCUUUUGGAGAUACUUUUAUAACCCUUUCCAGCUUUAUGCAAGUCAACAAUUCUUAAUCGUAGGUCUUCUGAGAGCUCUUUUGUGCGAGGCAUCAUUCACAUCAGGCAAUGCUUCUUGUGAAAAGCAAACCCAGAACUGGUGUGUGUUUUUUAUAGGGCAGGGCAGCUGUAACCAACACCUCCAAUCUCAUCUCAUUGAUUGGACUCCAGUUGGCUGACAUCUCACUCCAAUUAGCUCUUGGAGAUGUCAUUAGUCUAGGGGUUCACAUACUUUUUCCACCUGCACUGUGAAUGUUUACAUGGUGUGUUCAAUAAAAACAUGGCAACAUUUCAUUCUUUGUGUGUUAUUAGUUUAAGCAGACUGUGAUUGUCUAUUGUUGUGACUUAGAUGAUGAUCAGAUCACAUUUUAUGACCAAUUUGUGCAGAAAUCCAUAACAUUCCAAAGGGUUCACAUACUUUUUCUUGCAACUGUAUAUAUAUAUGUAUAUGUGGUUAUGGUGCUUAGCAUGUCUCUUUGAUAACAGUAGUCUAGACGACACACACAUGUACAUGGGAGUGAUUUACUUAUUGAAGGAUUGCCAGAUACCGUUUAUAUUUAUUCAUUUAUAACGUACCAACAUUAGCUUGCUUUUAUGUUUGUCUUUCUUCGCCUCUUUUGAUGUUCUCAAUUACCGGCUGUUUUAUUUUCCAUUUUUAAUAUCAAUAAUAACGGUAAAACACUGCAUAAAGUACCGGUGCUAAUUAAAUGUUAAUAGUAACAACUUCUUACAAUGUACGGUACAGUGAAUAGACAAAUCCUAUGAGUAAAUUACUCCACAUUUUGGAGAAUGGGAAGGAGUUGGGCUUUAAAAAACUUGACUUGUAACUGCAAGUUUUAAGAUUUUGUAAAAAAGGUAAAAAAAAAUCAAAAAAAAUCAAAUAUAAAAAGAGUUACACAGACAUGUGUUGACCUUUAAUGGAGAUUUUGAUUAUGAAGGUCACUGAUUGUGUAAUGAAGGUGUGGGGAGAGCUGUAUGUAUUCUAAGGGAUGUGGUUACAGAGACAGAUCGUAUAUUGACAAAAGCACAAUACAAUACACCAAGAAGGGGGAACACCCAGUAUGGAAAAUCUUUGGUGGAAACUGCUAGCUCUGUAACAUUUUGUCUUUAACAUCUGCGAAGUGGGCAUAUUUUUUUGAGAACUUUUAGAGAUGUAUCACAACCUGGUUCUCGAUAUAUUUAUAACAAUGAACUUUUUUCCUAUUUUUUUUACUUUUUUUUUGUACAUUUGUAUUACAAUUUAACUCAGGGAUAGAAAACCUACAAAGCAAUAAUAGACAGCAAUGUACCAUUAUCAUAGGCGUGCGCAGCCUAUUGCAUUAGGGUGUGUACCCUAAAGCACAAGCUCACGCCGCAUAUAUAUGUAUGUAUGUAUAUAUAUAUGUGUAUAUAUAUAUAUAUAUAUAUAUAUAUAUACAUACACAUAUAUACACACUGCUGUGUGUGUGUGUGUGUGUGUGAGGGUGCUGUUAGUGUGAUGUGUGAGACGGUGCUGGUAGUGUGCUAUGUGGGUGAGGGUGUUUGUGUGUGCGUGCUUGUGAGGAUGCUGUUAAUGUACUCUGUGUGAGGGUGCUGUUAAUGUACUGUGUGUGAGGGUGCUGUUUGUGUGUGAGGGUACUGGUAGUGUGCUGUGUGUGUGUUUGUUAGGGUCCUGUUUGUGUUUGUGAGGGUACUGUUAGUGUGCUGUGUGUGUGUGAGGGUGCUGUUUGUGUGCUGUGUGUUUGUGAGGGUGCUGUAUGUGUGUGGGUGCUGUAUGUGUGUGGGUGCUGUGUAUGUCUGUGGGUGCUGUAUGUGUGUGGGUGCUGUGUAUGUCUGUGGGUGCUGUAUGUCUGUGGGUGCUGUGUAUGUCUGUGGGUGCUGUAUGUGUGUGGGUGUUGUAUGUCUGUGGGUGUUGUAUGUCUGUGUGUGCUGUAUGUGUAUCGGUGCUGUAUGUCUGUGGGUGCUGUGUAUGUCUGUGGGUGCUGUAUGUGUAUGGGUGCUGUAUGUCUGUGGGUGCUGUGUAUGUCUGUGGGUGCUGUGUGUGUCUGUGGGUGCUGUGUGUGUGUGUGUGGGUGCUGAGUAUGUCUGUGGGUGUUGUGUAUGUCUGUGGGUGCUGAAUGUGUGUGGGUGCUGAAUGUGUGUGGGUGCUGUGUAUGUCUGUGGGUGCUGUAUGUGUAUGUGCUGUGUGUGUUGUAUGUGUGUGUGGGUGAUUGUGGGGGGGUGGAGGUGGGGGUACAUUACUUGCUAUCCCCCCUCCCUUCUUACCUUUUGUAGGGAGGGGGGAUCCUUGUUGCUGCUGAUUCCAUCCCUGGUGGUCCAGUGGAGAGUGAACUCUAGCCCCUGUGGGGCUAGAGUUCACUCUCGCGAGAUUUGAGCGUUGCCGUGGCAACGCUCAUAUCUCGCGAGAGGAACCCGGCGGAGCUGCCGGCAAUAGCUCCGCCGGUCCUCUCCUGCCUCCCUCCCUGCAUGUGGGUCAGUGGGGAGGGAGGCGGAGAGCAGAGCCGGCGCCCGGAUAGCGCCGGCUCUGCAUGAGCCGACAGGGGAGAUCCUGAGAUCUCCCCUGCCGGUCUCAAUAUAUAUAGGCGUGCCGCAGGGAUUAGGGUGUGCCCCGGCACACCCCGUGCGCAAGCCUAUGACCAUUAUGUUAAUUGAUAUAGUUGGUUAAAACAUGAUAAAUGUUGUUACACAAGAGAAGACAAGAAGAGUUCAGUUAGUGAGCAUGUUGUUAAAAGGGCUAGUAUGGCAUGAUAUAUAUAAAUAAAUAACUGGCUGCAAUCUGCCACGGAGGGAGCACCAACAGGGAGGGACGGUGGGAGGUGAAAGGCACGCUGUCUGCAAAGGAAAAUUUUAACAUUUCGGCAGCGUGCAAUGUGUGCUGACGCAGACGUAUUUUAUGCACAGAAUUUACAAUAGGCACCACGGAACAAAAAUCUGGGUUACCAAUGUUACGUGUGGUGGGGGUGCAACUAGCCCCUCCACACAAUUACAAAUAUCACUGCAUGUGCACCAUUUCAAGCAGAAACAUGCUGUGUACUCGUACAACCAUAACCACUUCAAAUCACUGACGUGGUCAUGGUGGUUUGAGUAACCUUUUAAGCUUGAUAGAUCCGUACAGAUGAUAGAAUUGUAAGUGGUUGUAUGAUUUGUUAUCUUUACAAACUGCUUGCGUUCAGAUCUUUAUCUCUUUCACUUUCACUUUGAGUAAAGUAUUUGAAAUGUUGUCUUUUGAACAGUAGAAAACCUGAGUCUAAUCGGACAAAUGUUGGUUUUCUACAAAGCACAUUUGUAAUAGUGGCAGUCAUUUGCUAGAUGUUUGCAUAGGGCUGUAUUUAUUAGUGGUCCAUUCAUAAUGACGCCAUCCCCAUUGUUUUUGUAGUUAGGGGAAGUAGAAUAAACAAACUAUAUCAAAGGGUACCACUUCACAGGAUACUGUGGAUCGUAACUCCCAUCACUCUGCAAUCACGGCCCGCAGUACCUCUAGUGUCUGUGAGUAUUGGGAGUUCCCCACUGUAGUGGUAAGUGCUAUUUAAAAUGUUAAGACGCACUGCUCUUUUUUAAAGAUUUUCAAUUAUAGAGUUGCUGUUACGAUUCUCAACAUUUUAGAAAAACAUUUGUUUAAAUCCAGAGUGCUGUAAUUCAGUGGUUCCCGAACUAGUCCUCGCACCCCGCCUUCCAGUCCAGGAUUUCGGGAUUACCCAGUUGUGUGUAAGCUGUUUUUAGAAGAAAACAACAAAAACAAUUUAGAUACAACUGGAUAAUCCCUACGUCCUUGGCUGGUGGAGAGUGAUGUGAGGACUGCUUUGGGAACCCCUACUGUAAGUGAAUCUUUGACAUGAUCCUCAUGUUGCCAAUCGAAAGCACAAAAAUGAUUAACAGUGUAGCUUCCAUUAAAAGGACCCCACCGAUGAGUUGUAUUCAUUAGUAGGCAAACAGAGGGGCCAUCAUUUAGUAAACAAUUAAAAUUCUAACAGCCAGUGCUACAAAAUGCACAAAUAUGUGUGUAUAUAUUACUCCACUGCUGUUAAGUAAAAAUUUAAUAAUCCCGUACUGAUUGGAAAUAAAUCUCCAACUACACUAUAUUCACACAAUCAGAACUAGUCACUUAAAUGCGAAUUAAACUGUAAUUUCUCUAGGUCAGCCAUGCUUUUGGUUUGGCUACUCUAACCUUACAUGUGAAUUUCACUUUGAAUUCUCACUUUCGAAUAAACCUGUUUGUUUAUUUGAGCCUAAAUUUUGCAAUUAGAUUUCCAGUUCACUUCUGUGCGUAGUGUAAUGGAUAAACCAAUCAUUUUGUCUUCAAAUCAGAAGACUUUCAUUUUAUAUGGCAUGCUUGUCUGGUGCGUUAAGUGUGAGUGUUUUUUCUUUCAUUUACCAUUACUUCAAAUUUCAUAAGUCAAAUGCACGCUACAAAUAGACACGCUUUAACUGCACUGAAAAAAAUGGGAACAUUUCACUUAAUUUGCAUGGAAUGCCAUAUGCGUGCCCUUUCAGAAAAUAAUUGUAUGAUGAUAUGAAUAUAUGAUGUCACAAUGCCUUAUUGAUUGAAAUCUACACUAAUCAGCCGCCUGCCUAAUGUCGUGUAGGUCCCCCUAGUGCUGCCAAACGCGCUCUAAUGCUUCGAGACAUGGACUCUAAAUGUGUCCUGGGUUAUUUGACACCAAGACAUUAGCAGUAGAUCCUUUAAGUUCUGCAAAUUGUAAGGUGUGACCUCUAUGGAUUGGAUUUAUUGUUUCACCACAUUCCACAGAUGAUCAAUUGGUUUGAGAUCUGGAGAAUUUGGAGGCCAAGGCAACACCUUGAAUUCUUUGUCAUGUUCCUCAAACCAUUCCUGAACAGCGUGGCAGGGUGCAUUAUCUUGCUGAAAUAGGCAGCUGCCAUCAAGGAAAACCAUUGUCUUGUAAGGGGUGUAGGUGGUCUGCACCAAUUUCUAGGCAGGUGGUACGUGUCAAAGUAACAUCCACAUGAAUGCCAGGACCCAAGAUUUCCAAGCAGAACAUUAUUCAGAGCAUAACACUGCUUUCGUUGGCCUGCCUUCUUCCCACAGUGCAUCCUGCUGCCAUCGCUUCCCCAGGAAACUGACACACGUGUACCCGGCCAUCCACCUCAUCUAAAAGAAAACGUGAUUCAUCAGACCUUCUUCCAUUGUCACUUCCCCAAUAAAGACGCUUUUGGCGUAGGACAGGGGUCAUCAUGGGCACUCUGACUACUUUGCGGCCACGCAGCAAACAGCGAUGCACUGUGUGUUUUGAUACCUUUCUAUCAUGGCCAACAUUACGUUUUCCAGAAUUUGAGUUACAGUAGCUCUUCUGUGUGGUCGGAUCAGAUGGGCUAGCCUUCGCUCCCACGUGCAUCAAUGAGCCUUGGGAGCCCAUUACCCUGAUGCCACUUCUCCCUUCCUUGCACUACAUUUGGUAGGUGCUAACCACUGCGUACCCGUAACACCCCACAAGACUUGCCUUUUCUCAGAUACUCUGACCCAGUUGUCUAGCCAUCACUGUUUGGCCCAUGUCAAAGUCACUCACUUGCCCACUUUCCCUGCUUCCAAGAUAUGAAAUUCAAGAACUGACUGUUCACUUCCUACCUAAUAUAUCCCACCCCUUGACAGGUGCCGUUGUAACAAUAUAAUCAAUGUUACUCACUUCAAGUCAGUGGUUUUAAUAUUGUGGCUGGUUAGUGUAUGUAUUUGCUGGGUUAAAAAUACACCAUAUCCCAAAUGUGACAAUCUGUUUCGAUUAGCAAACAUUUUAACCAUUGUUUGCACCUGGAAUUCCCAAUGCACAGAGCAUCAUGGUGGCUGGGGGCUACCGUUUAUAUUUUGGAAUCCCACGUUACAUUGUUUUACUCGUUCUUAGUGUAUUUUGUGUUCUGAUUCAUGUAAAACGUGGAGAACAAAAUAAUACCAUUAGAUAACUGUACGCUUACAUGCACAAAGUAUAGAUCAUUUUUAUUUCUUUUCUCCGUCUACAGUUACAGAGAGGGCGGCAGUUAUUGAUUACUCUGCUCUCCUGAUCUUGUGCACGACCUCAUCGAUGACAUAAUUGAUUACAUGACAUUGUAUGAUUAAUAUAUCAUGUUUAUGGGAUUAAGGGAAAUCUUAUCUGCCGAGUGAUGGUAUUGAACGCAUGAGGUCACUAUGGUCCCUUUAGAGCUGGUUUUAUGAUGAACCUGUCAUGCAGAGGACAUUCCUACUAAAAUUGCUCUGGGAUGCAAUAGGUGUGCGAAAUACAGCCGUUCCGGGGGAUACUGCAAUAACAGAAGGAAAGCAGGAGAAAGUGGCUGUAGGUAAUGGAUUACAAGGGACAAUUCUACAAUACAAUAGAUAGAGGAAACAAUUGAACAUGUAUAAGCUGGGGAAUGACAAAGGAUGGAGAGAGUAGUCUGGGAGUCUAUUGAUAUGAAGAAUAAAAGAAGCAGUAGAACCGGACUUGGCCAAGAUUCUAACAGGAGUACAGCUGACACUGUAAUAUGGGGUCAGGCCACGGGAGACACUAGGCAGUGGAACAGAGGAGGCUACCUGAAGGUCAAACAAGCAGGACACUAGGGAGAACACCAGGGGGGAUUUAUCAUGGAAAAACAGGUGGUCUUCGAAGUGCUAGAUGUUGAGCUGUAUUCUUUUGCUCCUUAUUUUGCACUUUGCCCUAGAAGAGCAUUUGCCUUUUGCCUUCAUAAAUCUUAACCCAAAAAGUUAAUUAAUGGAAACCAGAGGCCAAAAGGACCAUGGAAGAUGGGACAAAUGGGAGCAAAAAAUAUUGGGGAGAACAUUAUUUGGAUCAUUGGAUGAUGACCGUCAAGUGGCCACUAUAUUGGAUUGCCGGGGAUAAAAAAAAUAGAAGAGACAGGACAGAGCAUUUAGGAGAGGGUUAUCGCAUGUUUUCCUGGACCCAUACCUUUACCCUAUGCUGACUGGCAAUCCAUGAAAAGAGCUGUCUUGUGGUAUGUAGAAUUCAUAUGCUGCAGGAAGAUAUCAGUUAUCAGGGGCAUUUCCAAACAGUUUAACAUUUGUUCACCACUCAAUCGGGAUUAUUCUUAAACACUGUAUUGUGAAUUAAAAAACAAAUGGCAACAUCAUACUUUAUAAAAUUCUCAAGAAGCAAUGGUUGAUGUUAACAGAUGAGCUUAUAAUUUUUGUAUUUUUUCCCCCCCAAAUUUUUAUUUUACAUUUUGUAGUUAAUGAGCUCAUAAUUUAUGCUCGUAAAGCAGUACUAAAAACCUUAUUUAACUGUAGGUAGGUUGUUUUAUUUAUUUAUUUUUAAAUUCCUUUUGUUUUAUACAUCAAUAGUUCUUUUAUGUUUUCUCUCAUUCCCUGCAUAAUUUUGUUUCUACAUUUAAUUAAAAAAAAAAAAAAUGGUGUUACGUAUUAUUGUAAAAGAUGGUGUUACUUACAUAUGUUUCCCGUACCAUAGAUUGCAAAUCAGUGCUCUGCAUUGUUCUGCACACGUCUGAGACCUAGCUCCGACCCUAGAAAUGUCUCUCUGUCAACGAGCAGUGCGGCACACUAGUGUCAGUAUGGAGCGCUGCAGCUACACUGGAGCAGGACUCCGGGUCUAUCUGUACUGGAGCAAUGAUCAGGAGCAUUAUGUCAGCUACACACAGGACGUUACAACUGCAGAGGAAAUCUGCAUACACAUUGCACAGAAGAUUGGUAAGAAAUGGACAGAAAUCUUAAGUGGGUAUUAAUAAUAAACAUGGGGCUGUAAGAUGGAGAAUUCUCUCCUCCCAUCGCAGGAUAGCCGUGCGAACAAUGUAAUGUAGAAGUCUGUUCCUUUCAGCGCAAUGCUGCCAGGAAUCUCCCCACACACAGUGCACAUACAGGAAGGAUCUAUGGGACAUGGAGUCUGUCCCUCCAAGCACAGAAUGACUCAGACAGGAGGAAACUAUAGGACAUGGUGUCUGUCCCUCCCAGCACAGGGUGACACAGACAGGAGGGAGCUAUGGGACAUGGAGUCUGUCCCUCCCAGCACAGGGUGAGACAGACAGGGGGGAGCUAUGGGACAUGAAGUCUGUCCCUCCCAGCACAGGGUGACACAGACAGGAGGGAGCUAUGGGACAUAUUGUCUGUCCCUCCCAGCACAGGGUGACACAGACAGGAGGGAGCUAUGGGACAUAUUGUCUGUCCCUCCCAGCACAGGGUGACACAGACAGGAGGGAGCUAUGGGACAUGAAGUCUGUCCCUCCCAGCACAGGGUGACACAGACAGGAGGGAGCUAUGGGACAUGGAGUCUGUCCCUCCCAGCACAUGGUGACACAGACAGGAGGGAGCUAUGGGACAUGGAGUCUGUCCCUCCCAGCACAGGGUGACACAGACAGGAGGGAGCUAUGGGACAUGGAGUCUGUCCCUCCCAGCACAGGGUGACACAGACAGGAGGGAGCUAUGGGACAUGGAGUCUGUCCCUCCCAGCACAGGGUGACACAGACAGGAGGGAGCUACGGGACAUGGAGUCUGUCCCUCCUAGUACAGGGUGAGACAGACAGGAGGGAGCUAUGGGACAUGGAGUCUGUCCCUCCCAGCACAGGGUGAGACAGACAGGAGGGAGCUAUGUGACAUGGAGUUUGUCCCUCCCAGCACAGGGUGACACAGACAGGAGGGAGCUAUGGGACAAGGAGUCUGUCCCUCCCAGUACAGGGUGACACAGACAGGAGGGAGCUAUGGGAUAUGGAGUCUGUCCCUCCCAGCACAGGGUGGCAGAGACAGGAGGGAGCUAUGGGAUAUGGAGUCUGGCCCACUCACAGCAGUAUGACAUAGACAGGGCAGACCAAUAGCACAUGGAGUCUGGCCCUCCUGCCAAUAGGUAAGUGAAAUAGGAAAGCUGUUGUUUGAGACUCAUACAUCAUUUUCAAGCAAAUACAUAAAAAUGUCAGUAAAUGUGUCUUAAAAAUGUAUUUUCUGUCUGUAUUUCAGGAAUUAGUCCGCUGUGCUAUACUUUGUUUGCACUUUAUGAUAUCCAGGAGAAAUACUGGUAUCCACCCAACCAUGUUUUUAAAAUCUCCAAAGAUAUGAAGCUUGUUCUCCAUUUCCGCAUGAGGUGAGGGAAAUGUUUCCACCAUGUCAUCAGGGAUGGACUGACAGCCAUUUGGGCUCACUGGCAAAAUUAGGUCCUGGGCCCUUUGAAGGCUAAUAUAUUUAUUUGAUCAAUUUUAAAUAUAACUUUCAGAUAAUGUUGUGCAUUACAUUUGAUGCAUAUAUUGUUUAUCAAUGCAUGUUUGCAUUUUAACAUUUAAAAUCAAUGUGAAUGUAUGUUUCUGCAUAUGGUGCCAGUAUAAAUGCAUGCGUAUUUGUAGAAUAUCAAUGUGUGUGAAUUCACUGAUAUAUUUAAGUGUAGUGGAACACUGCGUGUAAAUAGAGAGAUACAUUUUGUCUACGGCAAGAAUGUUAAUGUGGUCUUGUAUUUAUGUAGUCUCAAAGUACAAUUGUAUGAGUCAACGUAUGUAUUUGUGUAACGAGGAUUUGUGUGAAACCCAGAGAAUAUUUAGUGUAGUGCCAGGGAGUAAAAAAUACAGGAGGUCAUAUGCAUGUUGUAUACGUGUAUGAAAACAGGCAGUAUUUUAUUAGAAAGUAACAAACAACAAUAUGGUAAACCGCGCAAAAAGAUGAACAAUUCUAAAAGUGCGUGCAAUAAAAUAGUAAUAUAUACAUACACUGGGGAAAGUCCAAUAUUGUGGUGGUAUAUAUGACGCUCAAAAAAAUAAGAACAUGAAAAAAUAAUAGUGCAAUAAGUUGCAGAAAUAUUAAAACAUGUGUAUAUAAAAACCCAAUAAAAAAGACUAACUCGCACUUUUUAGAGCUACUAAGAGCUCUGCUGUAUAUCGCAUGGGUAGUAUAAUCCCCGUCUUAGGAUAUGUGGAUAGUCUCUGUAGUUGGUAUCCAGUUCUCCGCAACCGUAUAUAGGAAAAAACAGAAUAGAAUCCAAUGGCACAGUAUAUAGUAAAUAAUUUGCAAUGAAAUAAAAGCAGGUAUCCUACUCACAAUUUCCAGAGCAAAAACUUGCUCUGGUGGUAUGGGCUUGUGAGCAAGUUAUUGCUCUGGAAAUUGUGAGUAGGAUAUCUGCUUUUAUUUUAUUGCAUAUUUUUUACUAUAUACUGUGCAAUUGGAUUUGUCUGUAUCCUCCUGGCUGCAUUCAAUCAGCUCUCUGUCUCCCAGGUGCUGCUCCUCUUGUGGAUGUGUUAAGGCCGCCCUGCAUGUGUGGAAUGAGAGCAGAGUAUGUGAUUGCACAUCUUUUCCCAUCUGCUCAUCCCACACAGAUUGCCUGUACUGCACCGCGCAGGGAGAGUGAAGAGACCUGAGAAGGGGGACAAUCGUGCUGCCAGGUCUCACACUGCGGAGGGAAGAGUUGGGAGGUGAUACUGCGAUAGAUGCAGGUCCCACACAGGCCGGGCCCGCAACUAUCGCCGGAAUAAAGCACAAUAAAUAAUGCUGGACCAGAUGGAGAGAUCCGAUGCCUUGUCUAGGCAUCCGGGCCCCUGACUGCCACGGGCCUUCGAUCAAUGACCGAUAUGCCUGAGUGGUCAGUCUGCCUUUGCAUGUCAAUGUUUCUGGUACUUAUUACGGUCACGUGUACUCUCGGCCCAUUCUACAAUCAAAUGUUUCUGUUUGCUGUUUCAGGUAUUAUUUCAGAAAUUGGCAUGCAUUGAAUGAGAAGGACCCGGCAGUGUGUCGCAAUGUCCCAAAGAGCAAUGAUAGCAUCGAGGAUAAGAGCCACCCUGAUCUAGCAGAUAGCAUUUUGGAUCUGGCAUCUUUUGAAUACCUCUUUGAACAGGUAAUAGGAUACAGGAAGACAUGAAUAAUGUUCCCAUCAACACCACCACAACUUGAACAUUGCUAGGAAAUGACAUGUGGUACCUAUGGGACAUGGAGUCUGUCCCUCCCAGCACAGGGUGACACAGACAGGAGGGAGCUAUGUGACAUGGAGUCUGUCCCUCCCAGCACAGGGUGACAGACAGGAGGGAGCUAUGGGACAUGGAGUGUGUCCCUCCCAGCACAGGUCGACACAGACAGGAGGGAGCUAUGGGACAUGGAGUCUGUCCCUCCCAGCACAGGGUGACACAGACAGGAGGGAGCUAUGUGACAUGGAGUCUGUCCCUCCCAGCACAGGGUGACACAGACAGGAGGGAGCUAUGUGACAUGGAGUCUGUCCCUCCCAGCACAGGGUGACACAGACAGGAGGGAGCUAUGGGACAUGGAGUGUGUCCCUCCCAGCACAGGUCGACACAGACAGGAGGGAGCUAUGGGACAUGGAGUCUGUCCCUCCCAGCACAGGGUGACACAGACAGGAGGGAGCUAUGUGACAUGGAGUCUGUCCCUCCCAGCACAGGGUGACAAAGACAGGAGGGAUCUAUGGGACAUGGAGUGUGUCCCUCCCAGCACAGGUCGACACAGACAGGAGGGAGCUAUGAGAAACUGAGUUUAUUUUCCUGUUUUAUGACAAUGUUCCUGUGUCUGAUUGUUACAGGGGAAGUUUGACUUUGUGAAUGAUGUGGCUUCACUGAAGGAUUUCUGGACAGAGCAGGAUAUCCACAGAUUUAAGAAUGAGAGCCUCGGUAUGGCAGUGCUUCACCUGUCUCAUAUUGCCAUCAAGAAGAAGAUUUCACUGGAAGAAGUGGCGAGGCAGGUUAGGUGAGUGUUCCGUAGAGAAUGCUUUCCGCUAUUCAGUUUGGUGAUAGGUUGACUAGCCAUUCCUUUCUUACCUCCACCGUACAUGCUAAUCCAUUUAGCAACAUUUUCUGGUUUUAAUAAUAAAGUUUUUUUGUUUUUUUGAGACAGUUAUUUAACAUCUAUAUAACCAUAAUGCCUGAUUUCAUAUAAAACCUCACUUUUAAAGAAAUUCUUCAGAGAGAUUAAACGUAUCAAUUAAUCAAUUUUACUUGACUACUCAAAAGGGUCUUUUACUUUAAUUAUUUAUUAUAUUUAAAGCAGACAGAAGGCUGUAAUUGGUUUUUAAAUGGCCAUUAUUGGCACUAUAACAACUUUGCACGAUUUCCGAGGUGUGUGGCUUGUAAAAGCAGCCACUUGUAGAACAUGCAACUACAACUACAGACCUGUUCAUCUCACUCAGACAUAGCAAAUGAGGAGUGUUUACUUCCAACUGUGAUUUAUGAAUUUUGUCCAACUUAUACGUGCGAGGUCUGCUGCAGAGAACCUCUAUCUACUAUGUAACUAAAGGACUACAAAGGACAGUAUACAUUUAAAACAUUAUAAAUAUUGGGGUUAACUUUUUUGGUAAUAGUAUCCUGUAUUCUGGUGGGGUGCGUGUUUCUUCAGCACCCAACCAGCUUAGUUUAUAUGUUUGUGUCUUCCAGUUUUCUCUAAAAUAUGGCUUUUCAUGCAGCAGUUAAAGGGACUCUCCAGUGCCAGGAAAACAAUCCGUUUUCCUGGCACUGCAGGUCCCCUCUCCCUCCCACCUCCGAUAGCGUGAGGACGUCCAGCUACGCUAUAGCACAGAAAAUAGCAGACAGCCACUAGAGGAGGAGUUAACCCUGCAAGGUAAUUAUUGCAGUUUAUAAAAACUGCAUUAAUUACACUUGCAGGGUUAAGGCUAGUGGGCAGAAGUGGUCUGGGUGCCUGGCGUGUCCCUUUAAUACCACAGAUUCCACAUAUUUGAUCUUCUCUAUGUAAUAAGCCAUUUCAAAUCCAUUUAUUUUAAUGAUAGGGUAUUCUGAUGCUUUAGAGAUGGAAAACAAUCCACUUCUCAUCUUCACUUUAAUGUCUGCUGAAAUUCUGAUUUUCUGUCUUUCCAGCUUCAAAGAGUGCAUCCCAAAGUCAUUUUGCCGACAGAUCCAGCAGAAUAAUUAUCUCACCAAGUUCCGUAUGAGGAAUGUCUUUAAGAAAUUUGUUCGCCAUUUCCACCUCCAUACAGUGGGUCCUGGGAAGCUUACCGAAGAAGAUGUCAUGUACAAAUACCUUUCUACUUUGGAAAACCUGUCAUCCCGAUUUGGCUGUGAAGAAUUUAAGGCUCUCUCCCUUGAGCUUCCAACUGAGGGAGAGAAGCUCCCUCUUUACAUUAACGGAGGUUAUUUGGAGCACUCUGAGAUCACGAACAAGGAUCCUACCACUACCGCUCUGGUUAUGGUCAGUGGAAUGGAUGGAAUCCAGUGGAUGACCUCCAAAGAAGAGGUUAGCUAUAAAUAUCUCAAUGCUACAUGAUGGACAGUUCAAAAAUGAGCUUUCUCGUUGUCUGCAAUAUUUCUUUUGGUUUAUCUUUCUUGACUAUUGUCAGUUUGUUUCUAAAUGUCAUUGUAUAUGGUAAACGACAACAAAAAAAUAUAUAGUAGCAAGAGGAAAACCUAAUGCAGCGACCAGGAGUAGGUUAAAAAAAAGGAAUCGAAAAAAAUAAACAAGUACUAAAACAAGGGCGGGGGGGUGGGGGGGGGGCUAGGGGGGGGAGUGGAAUACAUCCACUAAACAGUGAUUAGAGAAAAAUAAAAUGUACCGCAGUCAGAUUGGCUCAAAGUCUGGAUUGGUAAUAUCAGUUCAUGUCCAUAUUGUACACAAAGAAAGACAAUAAACAUCCAAAAUGUAAUAAAAAUUAUACAAUCUAGUCCACAAUGUAUCAUCUGUAAAAACCACUGAAUGCCUGGGCUCCUUCCACAGAAACAAACAGGAGACCUAUAGAUUCUGCUGAAAUACUAUAGUAUCAGACUUAAAUCCCAAAUGUAGAUAGAAGCACUGAUGGACAGAUGUCAUAAAGAUCGAUAGAAGGCUGGAGACGGGAUGAAUACUUCCAAACCAACAAAAUCAAAUCAAUAAACAAAGAUAAAAACAGGGCCAUAAUGCUUUCUGUAAUACUUUUAUUUUAGAAAAGAUAAAGGAUAAAAUGCAUUCUCAGAAGGUGCAGAUCUAGCAUAGAGACAAUGUAUUUGCCCACACGAGACACAAUCAUUGCAUCCGGAUCAGAAACUCAGAUAAAGGCUGGAUGUAACCCUCCUCCUCACCCUGAGAGCGGCUCAGAAGACUGUCUGCUCCCCAAAUAUGAAGACAUAGAGCUGCCAUGUAUUCGUACGGAGUGAAUGACACAUUAGACAUUCCUGUAAAGUAGAACCUAAGGUACUAAAUUUUGGCACUCAUGAGAAAUGUACGUUGCAGACUUGAUGGAUGUGACAGUUUGCUGUCUCUGGCUUAGAGCAUACAUAAAGUAUAUUCUGAUUAGGAUGCACUGAAAUGACUAGAUUGUGUGUAAUCGUUGUUGAUUAUAUACCAUCACCUACAAGGUUAUUCACUAAAUUGGGAAUUUUCAGGAAAUAUUAAAGAGUUUAAAAUUUUAGACCAUAAAAGCCGAAAAAGAGAAAACCUCUCCAAGUCAACUAUUUUUCCAUUUUAGCUAUUUAGUCCUAACAUUUUACAUUUUCCGCUUCACUGAAUAAUUCUGAGAGAGCGAACACCCUCAAUAUGUGAAUUUUUGGGGAUUUAUUUUUAAUAAAUUCCCUGUAAUGAUAAAUCUCGUUAGCCAGACCGAUGUAUCUCACACUUCCUUUUUAUUGUCUCUUUAAAUGGCUCAGGAAAACACAGAGAAUGUGGUCCAGAAAAACUACUUCAGUAAGAAGAAGAUCAAAGGACAGAAAAUGGCUAAAGCCUCUCAGGAAAGGACUUCCCCCAAAUGGGAGCAGUUCUGUGAUUUUCAGGACAUUACCCACAUUGUGAUCAGCAGGAGCAGAGUCAGCGUCAACUGUCAGGACAAUCGAUGCCUGGUGAGUGCAUCAGCUGCCUUUACCAAAGGGACCUGUUAAAACAAGACAGUGACUGCCAAUCUAUGCAUCCCAAGGUUUCUGAAUAUAUAUUCCCAUUGCCAGUUGUGCCAAGGUCUCUGUCACUGCUGUAAAUCUCAUCCAUUUGCAUUAUGUGCCAUCAUGGAGUAGAUUAGCUACAAGUCUAUCCACUGAUAUUAGUGAAAUAGUCCAGUUUUUACCUUGGUGGCCUUCAAUAUGGUUUCUGUCUUCUCUCCAGGAGAUAGUUUUACCUUCGUACGAACAAGCUCUGUCUUUUGUGUCUUUGGUGGAUGGAUAUUUUCGACUCACAACAGAUUCUAACCACUACCUGUGCCAUGAGGUCGCCCCCCCACGUCUGGUGAUGAGCGUCACAAACGGAAUACACGGACCCCUUCAGUAAACAGAUUUCAAUAUAUACCCUUUCCCUUCUGGUGUCUUUCUGAUUAACUGUAUAAACGCCUCCUAUUACUCCAUAUAGCCUCUCUCUAUAACUCCUCCUAUUACUCUAUAUAACCUCUCCCUAUAACUCCUCCUAUUACUCCAUAUAACCUCUCUCUAUAACUCCUCCUAUUACUCCAUAUAACCUCUCUCUAUAACUCCUCCUAUUACUCCAUAUAACCUCUCUCUAUAACUCCUCCUAUUACUCCAUAUAAUCUCUUACUAUAACUCCUCCUAUUAUUCCAUAUAACCUAUCCCUAUAACUCCUCCUAUUACUCCAUAUAACCUAUCCCUAUAACUCUUCCUAUUACUCCAUAUAACCUCUCUAUAACUCCUCCUAUUACUCCAUAUAACCUCUCUCUAUAACUCCUCCUAUUACUCCAUAUAACCUCUCCCUAUAACUCCUCCUAUUACUCCAUAUAACCUCUCUCUAUAACUCCUCCUAUUACUCCAUAUAACCUCUCUCUAUAACUCCUCCUAUUACUCCACAUAACCUCUCUAUAACUCCUCCUAUUACUCCACAUAACCUCUCUAUAACUCCUCCUAUUACUCCAUAUAACCUCUCUAUAACUCCUCCUAUUACUCCAUAUAACCUCUCUCUAUAACUCCUCCUAUUACUCCAUAUAGCCUCUCGCUAUAACUACUCCUAUUACUCCAUAUAACCUCUCUCUAUAACUCCUCCUAUUACUCCAUAUAACCUCUCCCUAUAACUCCUCCUAUUACUCCAUAUAACCUCUCUCUAUAACUCCUCCUAUUACUCCAUGUAACCUCUCUCUAUAACUCCUCCUAUUACUCCCUAUAACCUCUCCAUAUAACAUCUCCCUAUAACUCCUCCUAUUACUCCCUAUAAACUCUCCAUAUAACCUCUCCCUAUAACUCCUCCUAUUACUCCAUAUAACCUCUCCCUAUAACUCCUUCUAUUACUCCAUAUAACCUCUCCCUAUAACUCCUCCUAUUACUCCAUAUAACCUCUCUCUAUAACUCCCCCUAUUACUCCAUAUAACCUCUCCCUAUAACUCCUCCUAUUACUCCAUAUAACCUCUCCCUAUACCUCCUCCUAUUACUCCAUAUAACCUCUCUCUAUAACUCCUCCUAUUACUCCAUAUAACCUCUCUCUAUACCUCCUCCUAUUACUCCAUAUAACCUCUCUAUAUAACUCCUCCUAUUACUCCCUAUAACCUCUCCCUAUAACUCCUCCUAUUACUCCAUAUAACCUCUCCCUAUAACUCCUCCUAUUACUCCAUAUAACCUCUCACUAUAACUCCUACUAUUACUCCCUAUAACCUCUCUCUAUAACUUUUCACAGUGAGCAGUAUGUGGCUCUAAAGCUGAAGCGGGAGGAGCAGGAGGACGGUCUCUAUAUUAUUCGGUGGAGCUCCUUCAGUUUUAAUAAAAUGAUAAUGACUGUGAAGAGCACCAGCCAGGUGAGUGGGAAUAAAUAACAACAGUGUGAUUUCUGUUAAUGUGUGAUACUGGUCUUUUUUAAAUUGUUUAAUAUGUUUGUCCGUAUAAAGUUCAAAACUGUUUAAGUGACAGAUGCAGCGCAUGCUGUAGUGAAUAAUAAAUAAUACACCAGACACCAAUUAAUGAUUGCCGUAAGGCUGUGGUAAUAUUUAUUGGGGUUUGUGUGCAAAUAAAUACAUUAACUCAACAUAUUAAACCAAAAACCGCCUUACCGUUUGUUUACCGCUACCCCACAGCCAAAACAUAAGGAAUUAACUCUUUGUUUUGGCUGCCCAAACCCCGGCCUUCUCAACAAUAGUUUGCGACCCAACGUUGAAUAUAUCGCAACCGAUGGCUGAUAGUUGGACGUUGUCCUCAUCCUCACCCACCUCCCUCCAAUUCCGCAUGUCUUUAGCUGAAACCCUUAAAUAAAACCAUUAUACUGCAAAUGGCCCGAUUCAUUUUCUGUCUAGUUUUCUCUAAUGCGCGCCGAUUAUGCCUCCGAAACCAACUGAAAUGAAGUAUCAUUUCUGACCAAACCAAACCUGCUCCUGGAAACAUGCUUUGAAUGGAAAAAUAUAUCUUUUUAAGAAAUUGAAUAAUAAGCAAUGACUUCAAACAUCAAAGGUCAUUUCCCGCUAUGUGUAAAAUAAAAAUGUCCGGGGAGGGAAGCUCAACAAAACAUUCAUUAAUAACGUCCAUAACUUGUGACAGUUUUAAGCUGCUAACACCCUACUAGUAAAUUAUAUACAUGACUCCACAGUAUACCCAAGAUUGAUUCCGAUAAACCUUUAUCCCUCUUCUGGGCACAUUCUGUAAAUGAAUGUCCGACUACCCACACCACUUUCGAUGAAUCUGUGAAUUAAAAAGAUUAAUUUAAAUAAUUGUCGCCGAACAUAAAUCUUAUAAUGAGUAGAUUUCCAUCUUCCAAUCCACUCAACUACUUUUUCUGUUAAACCUAUAUUGGCCCCCUCAGUAGCCAUCCCAAUUCAAAACGAGUAUGAACAGAUAGGUAAAUGCCACAAGUUCAGCUUAUUCAAACACACACAAACUGAAAUCUGGACAGAGGCAAACCCGCAGAAUGCAUUAGAAAAGGUCCAUUCAACUUAGGUCUUGAUAACAGAUAUUCUAGGACCAAGGCUACUAGACAAGCAAUCUUGUCCUCUAAAGUAGUGCUCCUCAACCCUCUCCUCAAGGCACAGUCCAGGAUUUAUUGAUGGACUCUAUGGUUGUUGUUUUUUUUAACACCUUAGACACACCGGGUAAUCCCUAAAUCAUGGACUGUUAGAUGUGCCUUGAGGAGAGGGUUAGGGAGCACUGCUCUAAAGGAAAAAUCUGCGCCCAUUGACCUCUGCCUUCAUGAUCAGUUUUUGACUUCCGAAUCCAGCAGAUCAAUUUAUCGCCUUGAAAACAAACAUCACCAAUUGCAACCCUGAGAGCUUAAAUUUGCUAAAUCACACCAGCUUAUUUAUACAUAACCCUGCAAAAAAAAAAAAAAAAAAAGGCUAAUACUAAGGCUGCUCUAAAUCAAAACAGUUCAUAAAAAGAAACAAUCGACAAGACAUUCAGCAAUUCUUUCAACAUUUUGUAACCGAUUGGUCUCAUUUUAUUCAGAAUCUUAAAACCUUUUAUAUAGCCAUUUAACAGCUAUUUCAUAAAAUCCUGAACUAUCAGGUCUUUCUUUUAAAAGUUUAAAAAAUGUGUAAUACCUGCUAACUUAGAAAAUACAACGCUUUUACUUAUUAAACCUAGCAUGGACUUAAUAAUAAACUUCACCUGACCCCCACAUUGGUCUGCCUUGUUCAAAUGAAAGUUAAACCAUUUAUUCCAUGCCGUAACAUAGCCAGACCAAGAGAAUGGUGCCAGUGCAUUCUUUGAAUAAUCAUCAAUUAGUACAAAAUUAAUUCCCGCCUCCGGAGUCAAACCUUAAAACCCGUCAAACUGAAAAUGUGAAAAAAUAAUCCGCUACCGCAUUAUGUUAGCCUGAAAUAUGUACCGCCUUCAACCAGAUGGUAAAACACAAACCUAAUAACACAGAAUUUCUUUACAAGCUAACUACAAACUCUGAUUUUGCGACUUCCGAAAGUUUAUUACCAUUAAAAAAAAAAAAUCCUUUUGCUAAAUUUUUUCUCCAAUUCUAAAUUUCUAAAACAAUAGAUAAAAGUUUCAAUAAUGUUAAAUGUUUGUUAAACCGGCCUCAAACCAAACUUUUCCACACUAACAGAUCCUUUUUAAUGGCCACAGUUACACGAACAUUAUGAAAAGGCAAAUUCUUAACAGAACAAGCUAAAUCCAUUCACCUACGCAAUAUACUUCGCAUUGGCAAAAUUCUUCUGGCAAAAGCCAAAAGGCCAAGUAAGGAUUGAAAAUAUUUCACUGUUGCUUUCUUUUUUUUAAAAAUAAUUUUCUAAUUUCAUUCUCUGAAUUUUUUCAAAUGGAAGUUGGCAGUCCAUAGAAACGGAAUCAUUAUUAAUUCCUAGAAUUUGUAAACGACAAGGUAGGUUUGACUGUCUUUUCAGCUGCCAAUUUCUCAAAAUCACAAAACGGGUUUGAUACAUUUUUACAUUCGUCACCUUGAGCUGAACAUGAAAAAAAAAAUAAUAAUCUAAAUAAUGAAACAAUUAAAAACAUAUUGGACUUUAAACUUAUAACCCAAUCAAUAAACAUAGAAAAAGCCUCUAAAUAAAAACAUGAAAUAGAACAUCCCAUUGGCAAACAUUGACCGUAAAAAAAAGCCUACUGAAUUAAAACCACAAGGGUGAAUAGGCAACAAACGAAAGGCAGCCUCAAUAUCCACCUUUGCCAUCUGAGCCCCUCUUUCCAUUAAAACUAACCCAGUGUAUUUCAUCAUCCAAAGACAAAUAAGACAUUCCAAAUGAAUACAUAUCCAGUUUGUCGUCAGAGAUACACCCAAAGGAAAAGACAAGUGAUGAAUUAAAGGAAAAUAACCUGGGUCCUUUUUGGGCCCUAACCCUAAAGUUCUUUACACCAUCCCUGAUUGUGAAAGAACCAAAUGGUUUCAUUUUCAAUCAGGUGUAACUUACUUUAAACGUUUUUUCUCCUGCUCUGUAAAUUGAACUUUAAUCACAUACAGGAGGCUUCUGCAGGGUCUAGCAAGCUGUUACAAGAGCAGGAGAUAAGAAAUUCUAAAUUGGACAAAAUUUGCAAUAAAGAAAGUAUAAACAUUAGAUGACUCUUUACAGGAAGUGUUUAGGAGGUCUGUGCAAGUCACAUGCAGGGAGGUGUGCCUAUGGCUACAUAAACAACGUGAUUUAACUUCUAAAUGGCAGAGUAUUGAGCAGUGAGACUGCAGGGACAAGAUCUAAACACCAAAACUGCCUGAUUAAGCUAAAGUUGUUGUGAUGACUAUUGUGUCCCAUUAACAUAUUUCCAUCAAGAGACAAUUCAUUCAUCACAUAAUUAUUUUGUGGAAGAUUAAAAAUUAGCCACAAUCCCAUAAUCUCUUUCCCUAUUUAAAUUAGGAUUGAUCGCCAGUUUCUGACGAAAGAGCUAAUCAUACAUGAACCAACCUAAUUGCAAAGUCUUAUAUGCUUCCGUUACAUAGCGCUACACUGUAGACUCCAACUCCCAUCCCCUACAGCCUACCCCCACCCAGUCCUAGCACAUAUUCUCUCCCCCUAUCCAUCUGCGGAGCCACUUAGUUGGCCUUUUAAUGGUUACUAAUUGUUUUUGUUUGUCCUCUUUUUUUCUAAAAAAAUUGUACAUUUAUUUCUGUUUAUAUCCAUUAGGGAUCAUUUUGUGUCAAUUAGACCUUGAGUCCAUUGGACAUUUCUGUAUGCGCUUUGUGUUAUCUAUGUACUCUGAAGAUUCAGGAAUGAAACUGCUAUGCACAUUUAUAUAUGCUGCAUUGUUUUACAUGAACUCUAUUCAUUCCUUUUUUUUUGUCUUAUAAAUCGUGUUAUUUGUGGUUGCACUUUCACACUGUCUCUUAGAAAUCAAUAAGAGAUCUCAUAAAAGUAACGAGAUUUAUGUGAUCGAGCACUGUUCAGACCAGUGGACAGAGGAAUUUACAAGAACUGUUGCAGUGCAAGAGACUGACAUGGGAGUUUCCCUUUAAAAUUAAUAGUUCUGAAUGAUUGGACGAAGAACGUUGGUAGCUGCCUUUCCCUCUGCAAGUGUUAUUCAGUCAUUUUCUUUAGCCAAUGGAUGAAUAUGGAGGUUUACGAAUGCAUUAUUUAUGGGCAGCUCACUUAAGGAAUUUCAGUAGGGAUAUUGUCUUCAUAUUUUGAAUCACAGAACAAUUUGCAUUAGACCAUAGAUUGGGCAAGAUCAUUUUUUUAAUUUCAUAUUUAUUCAUUUAUUUGGGGUAAGAGGGUGGUCUUUUAUAAACCAUAGACUUCAAUGAAUAAGACUCCACAGGCAAGUCCUGGAUCAAUUUGUUCAGUUGUGGAUUAAAAUGAAUUUGAUUCAGAGAAACCAUGCGAAAAUAAUUUUUUUACACAAGUCUACUAAGCAGUGAUUUAUGGUGCUCUAACAGGUGUUAAAAAACACGGGCCAAAAGAAAUGCAUUGGAAUACAUUUCCCACCGAACUGUUCGUCUCUGAUAACGCAGGAGAUCUAGACAUUUAAGUAUGUGUAAAAUAGUAUAUUGAGGUAAUCACACUGGGUUCUUCCUCUAACAGAACAAAGGUCUCAGUUACAAGCAGUUCAGAAUCGAGAAAACCAGCGACUCGUACAUCCUGGAGGGCUGGGACCGCGGCUUCCCCAGUGUCAAAGAAUUGACAGAAAAUUUACGUGGCUUCACCUUAAAAUCAGGGGAGGAAACAUUUACUGUGAAGAAGUGUAUACUGCCAAAGUCCGGAGGUAAAUAUGUCAUAGUGUACACUUCCUUUCACAAUCACAAGUUUGGUCAUUUUGUAGACUUCUUGAAAUGAGUGUUUUACUGAUGUGCUUUCACUUUCUGUAUUUAGCUAUUUGGACAUAUUCAGCUAUUUCUGUUUGUAUUCUCAUGGCUGUGUUACUAAACAUUGAAUUGUGAAAUAUCAACUGAAGAGGAAAGAACUAAUAGCAUUUUUUACAUUCCUUUCCAAUUCUUUUUUUGUUUUUGUGCUAAAAUAAUGGUUACAUUGCCAGUUCAUUAAAAUUCACAGAUUAGUGAAUACAACCCUUAAAGUACCAGUCGGCCUCAUUUUCUUCUUGUUUAACUUUCACUUACAGACUCACAAUUUGAACAUCAGGAUAGUGUAAAGUAGCAAAUACAAUUAUGAUCCUAUUCACUGCUGUUUGCAUUGUUCCUAAAAAUGAAACCAUCACUUUCGGCGUGGUGUUUCACUGAGCAAUCCUGUUUUUAUACAGCUUUGAGAACACAUUAUAUCCAAGGCUGACAUUUUUGAAAGGGAAUAAACAAGGUCACAUGACUUGCCUCCACCGAAACACUGAAGUGUUUUGUUUUUGUUUUUUUUUAAUUCCUUUUGCAACCAAUGGCACCCAAAUGAGAAAGGAACCACUCCUCUUAAAGGGACACUGUAUGAAGUAGUUAUAGUGCCUCCAGAUGCCAUCUGAGUCCCCACUAGCCUAUCCUGUCUGUGCUGCUUGGGCUAAUGAGGAAGCAUUAACCAAGCAGCAAUUGGGCAGCUUAUCACAGCUUAUCACAGCUUUGCUGGUAUAAAUUCAUAUGUCUAGAAGGAAGUUUUUCUAAUCACUGGCUUAGCCUCCAGUGACGGAGGGUCUGUAGAAAGACACGAACCCUCAUUCGGUUUUAAACCACUUGAAAAUGGUUUCACACUGAAAUAGGACACAGCGCCAGGGAACUCUGGGUACUAUAACCAGUUCAAUAAGAGGGACCCCCUCCCAUUUUCACUCAACAAACCUAUUUUUACUCAUAAAUCCAAGUAUUGGGUUCUUCUCACCUGACAUUAGGACAGACAUACUGGCAUGAUACUGAAGGGAGUGAGAGAUCUAGUGUAUCCCUAUGUAAUUAAAGGAGCUCCGUUACUAAUAAAAUCCACUGGCCUUAAUGGAGGGACCCUUUUGCAGCAAUUAUUAUACUCCCGAGAAACGGAUCUCCUCCUUUUCUCUCUGAGGGUGUCCAUGUUCCCCUGAGUUUUAUAUGGAGUUAAAGGGGCUGUUUUCUCCACUCCAUUAUAUAACUCCCGGGAACCCUCCAUUUCCAUUGACAGUCACUUUUGUGGCUAUAACAGGACUCGGAAUAUUAUAAGGCGUAACUCCCCUUUCUUCUGAGGGGUCCUGUUAUAUUAUAUAGGAGAGUUGGGGCAAUAUGAAGGUUGCAGAGAGUCCUUCUCAAGCAGACCUCUCACCUAGUGCCCCUGAUUAAGUGCAGAACCUGCAUUACAGCAGUUGCUAUAAAGUGCUAUGCAUCCUUACAUGUACAUGUUCGUAACGCACAGCACAGGUGGAACAUUCAUUUUUUUUUUUGUUUCCGUCUUUUAAAUUUUUUUUUUUUUUUAAAUCUAUAUUAAUCAGCUGUAGCAGUUAAUGUGUUUUUUUGGAUUAAUUUAAAAUAUGCAUCUGUUACUGUUCUUUCCACUCCAGAAAUCUCCAAUUUGACUAUCUGCCGCAGAGGCAGGAACAGCAAAGGGAGCAAGGUGUCCCGAAACCUGAAUCUGAGCCAGCUUAGCUUUCAUCAGAUCCGGAAACACGAGAUAUUGCAGGUUUGGGACAAUAAUAUAGCACAUCCAAGAUUGUUUGUUUGCAAGUCACGUCUGAGACAAGGAUUUUUGGAUACUGCCCUAAUUGUGUUAAACAAAUAUUUUAUUUUAUAGAGUUAUUUGUGUAUUUUAUUUAUUAAUUUAUUAUAAAUAUACUCUUUAUUAAGAGCCAUAUAUAAAGCCACAAUGGCGACAAGUAAUGGCCACAUUUAUCUAUUGGAUUCAGAAUUAAUGGUCUUUAAUGAAAGGUGACAUUUUCCAUUCUCUGGUUAUAUUACCUUCUGAUGUUGAGUAUCUCCACACAGAAAGCCCACCUGGGUCAGGGCACGCGGACCAAUAUCUAUGACGGCUUCCUGCUUGUGAGCAAGGGGAAUGAACUGGAAGACGAUGAGCCCAGUGAAAUGAACAAUAAUUCCAACAAUCAGAGGGUGAUCCUAAAAGCCUUAGACCCAAGUCACAGAGACAUUGCCCUGGUAAGAAGUUAGUCUCCAGUAAUGUCCUUCUUUCUGGCUGAUAUUAAGUUGUCUAAGGCUAAUCAACAGGCAGUCCCCCAACUUUUGAAGAAUGUCAAGUUCCCCGGUAUUAUUUACAUCUAAAACCUUGCCUAUUACCUCCUCCAUAAGUCCAAAAAGUAUGUGUUUGGUAAUAUAUAUGAUUUGUUUCUAUCAUCUGGUCGUUUUAGUUUUUGAUUUGUGUUUUAUUUGUUCUGUAUCUCAGGCAUUCUUCGAGACAGCCAGUUUAAUGAGCCAAGUUUCCCACAUCCACCUGGUGUUUGUUCACGGAGUAUGCGUGUGGGAAUCUGAAAGUAAGUUUCCAGAGUCAGUUUUCUUUAAUGAGAUACUCGAAGAGGCAGUAUACUUAUAUAUUAUAUAUUUGCACGGUAAUGGGGGAACAUAGUGACUUAAGGACAGUAACUUGACAUGAAUGAACCUGUCAUUCACAAAUUGAAGGCUUUAACACGGCAUGUUUGCGUUGAAGUUUGUACAUGUUUAAAAUGUAUACUGUACUGACUGGUGAAAUCGCCAUCAAAUAUAUAGAUAAAAAUAGAUAGAACUUGAAGAUCUCUUCCUUGUUCUUCAAACUGUCAUUCUAGAAAGGAGCAUUAGGCUGCAUGAGGUUUUUCGGCAAAUCUUGGCUUGUGGGUACUCUAAGAUUCUACAACCUCAGCUGAUCCUGUUUUUCGUAUUUGCAGCCUUUACUGCUAUGCCAUCAAAUUGUAGAUAAAACUAAAUCUUGUUAGAAAGAAACAAAAUUACACAUUUACAUCUCACUUCAACAACCAUGAAUGUGUAAUAUUGAAAUAUAUCCCUAAAGGAGAUACAAAUAAAGGAAAUAUAAGCAUGAAUUUAUAUAAAUUUUCAAGUAGGCAUAACGGUCACUGCAUAGAAAAACUGAUAUUUUUGUCCUAGGGUUAUGUGCUAGAUAAUAAUUCCAGACUUCAGAUCAAUGUUCUGUUUUAUAAUACAAUGAGCAUUUAGAAAGGAGGGGGUUAGGGUCAGCCUGGAUUAGGGAGCCCAGUAACAUGUCUAAUGAGUUAGACUCAGUCCAAAUGGGAGGCUUAGUGACCUAGUGACAAGACAUGCUACAUGGUUAAAGGAUUAAUGACACCGGUAAGUACAAAGAACUAAUAGGGGCAUGUUUAAUGGGUUAAUGAGUCAUGCUGGCGACCUGGCCUGAUAUAUCUAUAUUUUCCUGAAAGAUAUCAUGGUGGAGGAGUUUGUGGAACAUGGGCCGCUGGAUGUCUGUCUGCGAAGGGACAAGCUGAGGAUCUCCGCGGGCUGGAAAUUCACUGUGGCUACGCAACUAGCAAGCGCUUUGAGUUAUCUGGUAUGGCAUUCAUACAUUUAUUCAUUUAAUGACAAAAUACUCACCCAGAGGAACAGAUCCUUGUAAUUGUGUUUGGAUUUGGGGCGGAGUCAUCUAAAUGCAGAAUAUGGAGGAAGGAGGGUGGCAAACAAGCCUCUGCAUGCUGUGUGUUAGUGAAAAAAUCUUAUGCUGAAUUUUGUGGAAUUAAUCGCCAUUUUGUGGAAAAUGUAUGUUCUCUCGCCAAUAUACGUUUUAUUAAAGUUUCUUUUUUUGUGCUAAACAAAGAAUUUAGUCACAGUACUGAGGAUUAUGGGCACUGGACUGAGGAAUGACAAAUUGUAGGUCUAAAUUGCCAGACUGGAAAAUCUCCAGAUCAGUUGUUUUGCAUUUUGGCUGCUCUGGACUAAAAUUGUAAUUUCCUACGGCAAAUUUACCUAAUUAACUGUUUAGUAGAUAAUUCCCUGAGUGUCUCAUUUUGGAUUGCACAGACAAAUUACAACAUCUUUGAUGGCUGCAUGCUCUUAUACACCUACACGCCCCAUCCCUCACGCCCUUCUGACACUUGAUUCCAGCGCCAAUGCCCUCGGCGCUAAUUGAGGCUCUGCCUCCGCUUCUCCCCUGCCCACUUCAGCUGGCGGGGGGGAACCUAAUGCACAUUGUAGAAUGCUUUGCUAUGGGGUUUCGGGUGACGCUGGAUGUCCUCAUGCAUAACGUGAGGACGUCCAGCGUCAGGCGACCAAAAGUCGCCUAACCCGGAAGUUUCUCUUUUGGCUAUCUACUAGGCAGCCACUAGAGGUGGAGUUAACCCUCCUUGGCAUAUAUCAGAGUUUUUAAAAAAACUGCAAUAAUUACAAUUGCAGGGUUAAAGGACCUGGAACACUGCACCCAGACCACUUCAAUGAGUUGAUGUGGUCUGGGUGCCCAUAGUGUUUCUUUCAUUUUAAUUCUGUACAGGACUAUUUACUAAAGCAAGAAUUCUAAGUGGUUAUCAAAUUUAAAGCCAAAAUAGCCAAAUUGAAAACAUUUACUUAGUUAUGCGAAAAACCAUGUGUGUAGUAUGUAUGGAUCACCAGGAGUAGAAUCAGGAACAAGAAAAUGCCAAGUAAAUAGCCCACCUUCUCCCCAGCAACUGGACGACACACAGUUCUGGGAGUACAGCUGACUUUAUUUUGCCACACAUGGCUUUUAUACAUUGCCUCUAGCAUGGGGAUUCCAAGUCAAAAACACAAGAGCCUGUGUGCUUGAGAGAUAAUUGAGCUCAAAUUAGGAUAACUCAAUUAUUUCUCAAAUACAAAAGCAAAUACAUUAAAAACAGUACAGGAACCCCACAAAAAUCAUAUUCCCGAAAAGUCCCAAUCUGAGUGCACAACAUAUCCAAAAAACGUUUCGAUCGGUUCGGUAAAAUGAAAGUUACCAAAACAGUUCCAGAGAAUUGGGCCGGAUGGCCAGUUGACUUUCGGGGGUUCCUGUGCGAACACCGACGAAACGACGAACGCUCCCCCCGGGAGCUAAUACUUCCCCUGUUCGGUAGAUCCCGUCUAGUUGAAGUGGGAUGAGCAGCGGUACCAUCUUUACCCAGGCCAUUUUGACGCGAGGUGGAAAACAUUUCCAGGUGUUCAACGACCAAGUACCGCUGUCUGCGUUCGGGAGACAAAAUGACUGCCAUUCACUGGACCACAUGCGUUCAGUUAUAUGAAUGGCGGCCACCCAGGGAAAGUACUCAAUCAAAGGUGUCAAGCCGUUCAUUUGUGGUUAACAGCCACGGGAGGUCGGUGGUCACUGGGGCAUAACAAGGGACCACACACCAGUCUUUCGGGAGAAGAACAAGAGGGUACGGACAACCUAACAUAAGAGAAUGGAGUCUGCUACAUAGUAUUUUUACCGGUCAUGCCACAUGCAGUAAAACACAUGUACACAUAAAUGACCACAUUUGACUCCCAGCCAGUGAGAACUGUCAUCAGUUAAAUAUUUUGGUGUGUUUGUUGCAGUUAUUUUAGUGUAAUGUUUGUUAUUGUUCUGUUUUUACUGUAUGGGUGCAAGUUGUGUUGUAGUUGCCCUCUUUAUCAUAAUAACUCUCUCUUCCCAUAUUCAAACGUUAUCUGUCUCGUUUAGCUCUUGAGUUCAUUUUGCUGAGUACUUGAGGUCCUGAUUUUCUCUUUUAUAGCAAAUUACUACAUCUGGGUUCCAGUAACCCACUCCAUCUAUGAUUAAUAAAUCUAAUGAUUUUUAUGUUUCCUUUACUUGCUUUCUUUACGGGACACUACAUAUAUACAUAUACCAAAAAAUGAAAACUUGCAUGCAUUUAACUAUGCAUCAGAGUUAUAUCUUAAAACAGCUUGCAAAAACUGCAGAUCUCUUGUCUGCUGCCUAUGCUAGCCCUCCCCUUCUAACCCCGCCCAAACUUUAUGUGACUGUCCAAUCACAGACUUCCCAAUGCAGCUCAAUGAGAAGUGUUUGCAAGGCAGGUGCUCUGAGCAAUUAUCUGCCUCUUGAGUUUAACUGAGCAAAAACCUAAUCAAACCAGGAAGUAAAAGGACCUAUUGUCUGCUUCAAAAGCCAGGGGGUGUAGCCAGUAUAAUUUAUAAAAGACUCUCAAUUUCUAUUGAAAAGUGCACUUUUUCCAAAAUGAAAAAAAAAAUAGGACACUAUACAUAAAGCUUCUCAGCAAACGUAAGUGCUUAAGUGUUCUCGGGUGUCCCUUUUAGAACUUGUUUGGGCAGGACUGUAGGACAGUCUGGUGCAGUAAGAUUAGGAAUAUUGUUGCCGGAUUUGUGUAGGUUAUGAGAAAGGGGAUAACUUUGUAUUUAUUUUUCUGCAGGAAGAUAAAAACUUAGUCCAUGGAAAUGUCUGUGCAAAGAAUAUUCUAUUGGCCAGGAAAGGUCUGGAGGAAAGGUCUUCUCCCUUCAUCAAACUAAGCGAUCCUGGGGUGACCUUCACAGUGCUGUCCAGAGAAGGUAUGGAUUUAUAGACGGCUACAUCAUAUAGUUUUGCAGAGUAUAUAUGUACUCUUCACCCUUUGUAUUUGUAUGUGUAGUAUGUGGUCUUUUUUCCCCAAUUUUACAGCAUUAUAUAAUAUCAAUAAUAAUAAUGCACUCAUAAUAAUAACAAAAGACAAUAUUAGAAGUAUCUAAAAUGACCAUGCUGCAUUGUAUAACGAUAUCGAGUAUCUGUACAAUGAUAGUGAACAUGCAGCACUAUAUGAUAAUACUGAGUAUUUACACUGUAAUGAAUGUUAGACAGCUUAAUGAUAAUAAUGGCCUUGCUCUCUUCAAUAAUUUACCAGUAACAAACCUGUGUUUUGAAGGAUCUAAAGUGUCUGCUUCCUGUUAGUGGUAUGGAAUGCAUUACUCUAUAUGUCUCAUUGCAGAGCGUGUAGAGAGAAUCCCGUGGAUUGCGCCGGAAUGCAUUCAGAAUGUCUCCAGACUCAGCACAGCCGCUGAUAAAUGGAGCUUUGGAACCACACUACUGGAAAUCUGCUUUAAUGGGGAAGUCCCCUUAAAGGAGAGGACCCCUUCAGAGGUACGUAUGGCUAGAUAUAGGUUUGAAUAAUGUAGCGAAAGCUCUGAUGAUACCAAAGCAAGAGAUAAUCAUUCUUAAUGGGCUUCUCAAAGGGACAUUAUGUGGCGUUUGUUUAAAGACAAUGAUGUUGCCCAUUGUUGCCCAGCAACGAAUAUAAAUGUGCUAAAAAAAUACCAUUCAAGAAAAUGGUGUAAUGAAAUUAGGAAUUUUCUGGCUAGAGGAAAUACUCUACAGACUGUUAUGUUAAAAUCAGAGUUUCUUGAUGUCUGUGUUCAGAUUUCCUGCUACUACAGAAACUGUACGCUGGCCAAUCGUCAGCAGCUCCCAGCUGCCCCAAAAUGUAGGUUUUACCCAUUCAGUUUUAAUAGGAGUAUGAAUGCCAGCUGGACCCUUGGUGAACUUCAAUGACAGAUCAAAAAGCCUUUCACUCCUCACAUCCUUAGAUCAGUCAGGCGCCUGGGAUUAUGAAAGAAAAAUUUAUGAAUUGCAGUUGUUUUUUCUCUGAAUAUUGUUUUUUUCUUUUUAUAAUAUAUAUACUUUUAUGUUUUCUUCGCAGAAAGAACGGUUUUAUGAGAAGGAGCUUGGCCUGCCUGAACCAUCCUGCAAGGAACUUGCUACUCUUGUUGGACUGUGCCACAAUUACAACCCUGCGGGAAGACCCUCUUUCCGAACAAUUCUCCGGGACCUGACCCAGCUUCAUCCUCAAGGUGUGUGCCGUUCUAGUUCACUCUUGUGAUAAUGUUAUCUUACAUUAUGGCAUCUAUAAAUACUGAUCAUUGGCGUAAAUCUUGGUGUUCAAGCCUUUCAUAUUGCAUUUUAAUGACAGACAAGUAUAUAUGUGAUUGUUUAAAUAAAAUUAAAAAACUAGGACAGUUUGCCUUAAAACACUCUUAGAGUCUCUCAGAAUGCCAUAGCCCAAUUAAAAACAAAACACUAUAUAGUAUAAGAUAAUACCCCCAACGAGAACAAGCAUGCAUUUCAUUAUUUUUUUUUCAUUGGAUCUCUUGUCAGUAGCCUUUGCAAGUCCUCCCCUGCUAACCCUGCCCAUACAUUCUGUGACUGUCCAAUAACAGCCUUCCCAAUGCAGCUUAAUGAGAAUUCUUUGCAAGACAGGUGCUCUGGGCAGUUGCCUGCCUCCAGGAAGUAACAAGACUAGUUGUCUGAUUGACAACCAGUGGUGUGUAACAAGGCUAAUUUAUCAAAGUGUCAAUUUCUAUUGCAAUCCACACUUUUUGUAAUAUGAGUACACACUCUUCACACAUAAAGCAUUUCAACAAGUUAGAGUGCUUUAGGUGUAUGGAUUGUUUCUUCAACUGAUUCUCUUAAGUAUUUAUAUUUAUUUUUAUGGUUUACACACAAAUUUUAGGGGAAAAGGAUUAUUUAAUCAUAAUCAAAGUAUACAUGUUUCAUACUGUGUCUCUUCCCUCCUUUUGUUUUCUAAUUAAUUUGCAGACCUUUCUGAUAUAGCCUCCAUUAGUCCAGAUUACUCUGUUACUGAUCCGACUGUGUUUCAAAAACGUUACCUGAAAAAAAUCCGUGAACUGGGAGAGGUACAUUAAUAUUUUGCUAGUUUGUUUCUCUAAUCAGUGUUUCACAGAAUUCUAUAGAACAUGUGCCAUGUUUUUGGGUUGUGAUUAACUUAAAAAAAUUCGGCCCGGAGUAGAAUUUAACAUAACAAUUUCAUCUUUGAACUUUAUCAAAUGAAGCACUUUGUCAUUGAGAAUCAUCACUGAUAUCUUCCAUCAGGGGCACUUUGGAAAGGUCAGCUUAUACCGUUAUGAUCCAAAUAACGAUGGGACUGGAGAGAUGGUGGCAGUGAAAUCCCUAAAGUCGGGAUGUAGUCAACAGCUAGAGAGCAGCUGGAAAGGAGAGAUAAAGAUCUUAAAAGCUCUUUACCAUGAAAACAUUGUGAAAUACAAAGGAUGCUGCAGUGAGCAAGGUCAGUGUGCAACAAUCUCUUUCAUGGUGAUGCAGAUAAAAUUCAAGGAAAUAAUAAUGAAUGUUUAUUUUGUGUAUUUUAAAGAAACACCCAAAAAAUUGUAGAUCUACUAAAAUAAAAUAUGCCUAUUAAUUACGUAUACUUUUAUUUGUGAUAUAUGAAAUUGUGGCUUGCAAUAGCUGCAGAUUAAAAAUCUGCAGCUACUGCAAGCCCUCCACUUCUUCUCAAGCACAGACUUUCUAUGGCUGUCCAAUCACAGCCUUCUCAAUGACAUGUGUUACAUUUAGUACUCUUUGCAAGGUUGGUGCUCUGGGCAAUUGCCUGCCUCUUGGGUUUAGUUCCACUACGCUAAAUAACCAGAAAGUAACAGGACUAGAGGUCUGAUUGACAGCUGUGGAGGUGUAACAAAGUUCUUUUAUAAAAGUGCUCAUUUCUAUUCAAGUGCUUUAUGUGUCUUUAAAAGUGUUCCUUUAAACAUAUUGUGGGAUCAUGUUUCUGAGAUUUGUUUCAAUUUUAAAGUCAGGUUUUUAUUUUUAAAUGCCAUUUAGUCUCAACAAGACCCACCCACCCUCGCUUUCCAUAAAUCUGCAGCAAACUUAGAGACUUUGCGACUGUAAUUUGACUUCUAUGAAAUAAAUAUUGAAGUAUUUUUAUAGUUGCAACUUUGCCUCUUAUUACAUUCAUUAUGAGGUGCCCUGGCAAUGUUUUGACUCAAAAGUGGGUCUGUGUCUAGCCUGUAUUUUGUCCUCAACAGAUUGAACUCAAUUCUAUUCUAUCAGAGAAGUCAGAAGAUUAAGACAAGCUUGUGCUCAUCAGUUCAUAGAUAGUCAUUAGCUGCCCUAUUGUUUAGCAAACCAAGCAAACUACACAUCGGCAGGGACACAGAAUAGAACAUUGCGGAAUUCAUCUUCUCUGUUUAGUACCACUGAUGACAUAUACAAACAAAUUGGCAAAAUGUUCACUUCAAGAGUUGUUUUCCGUUACACUCGGGAACUAAAACAUGGAGUUUGGAGAAAACACUCAAAGUCACGUCGUGAGCUUUUGACCUAUUUCCCCACUAUUUGUUGUUGCAUACAAAGGAUUGUUUACCUCAGCCAAGAUGGCCGUUCUAGUCUUCUACAAGCAUGCCCUUUGCAAAGCAGGGAUGAUGGCUAAUAUGGUUGUUUGGUGUUCCCUUUUUCAGGAGAUAAGAUUGUUCAGCUGAUUAUGGAGUAUGUUCCCCUAGGCAGUCUGCGUGAUUAUUUACCUAAGCAUCAUGUCAGUCUGGCACAGUUACUGCUGUUCGCUCAACAAAUCUGUGAGGUAAGUUGGAAAUGUAUUUACAAAACGUAUGCUUUGUUGAAACCCCUUACUCUGUCGAGUGUACACAUUCUCCUAGAACAGUGGUUCAAAGCCUUUUCAACAAGGACAUGAAUCAUGUACAGAUACUGGUCUACCUGUGAUAUAGAACUUUUUACAGAAAAUCUAAUUGAAUAGUGACAACUGAUGUUUCUACAGUCUGCCUUAUUGUGUAAAGGCAUCUCCAUUAUGACAUUCAUUGAAACACCUCCCUUUCUUGCAGGGCAUGGCUUAUCUUCACUCUCAGCAUUACAUACACCGCGAUCUCGCUGCUCGCAAUGUCCUGGUCGAAAACGAAAAUGUUGUUAAAAUUGGUGACUUUGGACUUGCCAAAGCCGUACCAGAAGGCCAUGAAUACUACAGGGUCAGAGAAGAUGGAGACAGCCCUGUGUUCUGGUAAUCUGCUAGUCAAUAGUCAUUCUGCACCAUUUCUACAUGUUUUCCUAAUGCCAAAAGGUAGACGCCUUUUGUUUACGGAAAAACCUUAGUUAAAGAGCAGAUAUAUAUAUUUAUCUUUUUCCAAAGAUAGCGUUGCACUCAGGGAACCAAGUUGUGACUGCUACCACUCCCCAUGGCUCCGGGAAUGGUAGCAUGGGGAUCAGAAACAAAAUCCAAAUGCUUCUCAUUGUGGUGCAAUAUGAAGUAGCUUAUUCAAGAUCAGGAGAACAAAACCAUAUAUGAAGUUUUGACUUGAGGACGAAAUGUUGCAUAUUUCUCCUGCUCCUGAAUAAACUGCUUCCUAUUGCACCACAUUGGGAAGCAUUUUGAUUUUAUAGAUAUUUAUCUUUUUCAUGUUUUAGUCCCUGGGGACUUUUAGUUUAUGGCCCCUCCUCCUAUUAAAUAAAAAAAAAAAAAUCUAGGUGUACUGGGCAGCACCCGUCAUGUCAGAUCCUUCUCAUAAAGAGGCAUUGAAUCUAACGAUUAUCUCUGAGAUGCAUUCACAGUGUUAGAUGGCAUCAUACUAGCAACGUCAUUGAACGUGAAAUCCUUAAUGAGGAGGUUACUGUAGUAGCUGUCAUUUUGAGAGCCAGUAGAUUUGUGUUAAGGGGAUACUGCUAUUUCUAUGUGUUUAGAGCAGUGAUGGCUAACCAUGACACCAUAAAUUGUUUCUGGACUACAUUUCCCAUGAUGCUCAGCUAUGUAGUCCAAAAACAAUUUAUGGUGUCAAGGUUAGCCAUCACUGGUUUAGAAUGUUGCUUUUAACUUUUAACCUUGGGUCUCACUGAAACAGCGGUGUUUUACAUUGUAAUCCAAUAGAGGCGGUCUCUAACUAAUAUUCUGAUUGCAGGUACGCCACGGAAUGUCUCAAGGAGUGUAAGUUCUUCUAUGCUUCAGAUGUGUGGUCAUUCGGGGUCACCCUGUAUGAGCUUCUGACUCGAUGUGACUCUUAUCUUAGCCCUCCUGCUGUAAGUAUUUUACUUGAUUUGUUAGUAAUUUAUGUAAUUUUCUAGGGACUGCCAUCCCCACAUGUCCAUCUUUAAAAAUGAAUAAUAUGAAAAAAAAAAUGCUUUCUUAUUUUCUUUAUAUAUAAAUCAUCUCCGGGAUCAGUGAUGGAUCUGGACAGUAGCAUGGAGAAAUUUACUUAAGCCUGUCCCUUAAGGGGUUAAACAAAGACAAUUAUUUACUAAGUGUGAAUUGUGCAGAACUAAGAAAGAAACUGAAAAUCUUAGACCAGAAUAGGCAGAUGGGGGAGCAUUCUCCAAUUUGCCUGUUUUUCUAACUUGUUUCUUUUGGCACAAAUUUGCAAAUUUGCCCUUUUUUAAUUUUGGGUUUAGUGAAUAAACUUCACAACAUUGUGUAUUGUUACAUUAGACUGUCUCUUGUUAUAUAGCUGAGAAUUUCAUAUAAUCAAGCCAUAAAAGGGUACAUAGGCCAGCUCCAAAGGCACAAUGUGCUGUCUGUGUUAUUGAAAAGGCAAUAAAGGGACAUUCAUCACUUUGAGACAACUGUCUCAUUCAAAAUCCUUAGCUUUGAAUAAAACAGUUGCCUCACUCUGCAGGCCCAAAAAAAUAAGCAGGUAUAUAUGAAUCUUUUCCCCCCUUUAUAUUUACCUGCUUCUUUUUUCUUAAGCUUUCCACAUCCACUCAAGGGGGACACUAAGCCAACCAAUCAGGGUCCUAUCCCUAGGAAUGCUGGAGAAAUGCAUUGGGCAUUCCUUACAGAUUUACACAUGUGCAGUUGGAAGCUCUCUUCACCUUGCAUAAUCCUGUUGGGGAGGAGAGAGGGCGUCUGAUCAGUGUGAACAUACAGUGCAAGCUCCGGUGUUGGGUUCCUUUCUUCUGUUGCUGCGCAAGGAUUCCCCCUUUGUAUCAUUAGUGGACUGGUCUAAAUUUGACAUGGGUUGGUAAGAGAUGGGUGGGGAAAAGCUGGAGAAAUCUAAUACAGGCUUGCCCAAUAAUGCAAUCUGGCCAAGUUUAUAUGAUUUGUUUUGCUUUAUUUUGUUUGUAUAUUUGUUUAAAAGUGCUUUCAUGUCUCUUUAAGUAAGUCCUUGGUUAGUCUUUUGUAGUUAGAUCAUUAUCUAAAUUGUGCAUUUGGAAGAUUAGAUCCCAAACAUUCUAUGAUUCACAACAAUAAUGUUAGUUAAGGAUAUAUAUAUAUAUAUAUAUAUAUAUAUAUAUAUAUAUAUAUAUAUAUAUAUAUAUAUAUCUCUUUAUCUAGCAUUCUAAGAUAAAGUAAAAACCUCGUAUCCAUCCUCAUACAACCUUUACAGGAUUUAGCAAAUCCCCAAUUCCAGGAAAAAUCACAGAAAAUACAAUGUUACAUUAAUAAAGCUCCAAUAAUUAAAAUAAAAAUAAAAAAAUGCAAAUUCCUGAACUGUUGGUUUGAUCCAUGCAUCAUUUUGUACCUGGUACUAUUUACUUUCUGUCCCUAUGCCUAGAAAUUCAUUGAAAUGAUUGGAGCCACUCAAGGACAAAUGACUGUAGUGCGGCUGAUUGACCUUUUGGAGCGAGGUCAGAGGUUACCGUGUCCUACAGACUGUCCCCUGGAGGUAAUUGCAUACACCUUUGCCCUAUACCAGUGGUUCCCAACCCAGUCCUCACGUACCCCCUAACAGCCCAGCAUUUAGGGAUUACCCAGUUGUGUUUAAGGUGUUUUAAAAAAAAAAAAAAAAAAAAACCCUAACUCCUGGGCUGGUUGGGGGUUACUUGAGGUCUGGGUUGGGAACCCCUGCCCUAUACCCUUUAUAACUUCUUAAGACACAGUUGACAUUUAUCUACUAAUUUAUUUGUCGUUUAUUUUUCUACCUAAUGCAUUAAAAUAGGAUCAAUCCUAACCUGUAGUGUCCCUUUAAAACUGUCUUGAGUAAGGUGUUACCCUUGUCCCAUUUACUUUGUGCAUAUGAUGUGCUUAGUUACUAUAAAGAAACUGGUUUAACCACUAACAGACUUGUAAAUGACAACCAGAUAGGGUCUGUUAGAAUCAGACUGAAAUCCAUCCCAUGCUCCUCUCACAAUAACAUGGUCCUUUUCUUGCAGAUAUACAAGCUAAUGAAAAAUUGCUGGGAGACGGAAGCGAAUUUCCGACCAUCUUUCACCAAUCUUAUCCCCAUCCUGAAAUCCUUUCACACAACCUAUACCACACAAGCCCCAUCAGUGUUUAGCCUGUGUUAGACCCACGGUAUGUAUUAGAGAUGUGAACUGAGAACUUGUUGGUCUUUCAGAUUCUAGAAUGCUUGUGUAAUAUGCCAUCUGUCAACAGAAUUAGCCAGACAUAUUUCUUUCUCUAUUGGGCAGCACUGUUUCCUUAGUAUAUACAUUCGUUAGUGAGUUCAAUUUUUACAACUUUAUGUUUGACUUGUUUUCACCGAUCAGUAACCCAGCUCUCUGGUAGGAAGUGGACCUUUUGUUUUGGUAAGGUGGGGCUACAGCUUGAGUCUUCUGGUGGGUAGAACGUAGACAAGGCUGUUUGGUGGUUUGAACGUAGACCUGAAGUGGACCUGAAGUAGACUAGGUUCACAUGUCGGCCAGUGGUGUCUUGUGGCCUUGAGGUAGACCCAUAUUGUAGUACAUCAGUAAAAAAUAUUUUACACAUAAAAAGCAUAUACUUUUCAUAUAUGUAAAAGAGGUUAAUAGUAGUAAAGAUUUUGAAAAAAAAUAUAUAUUUUAAUAAAUUAUAACGGUGUUGCUUUUUGCAGAGCAUGAAGAGCCGAUGUAUUGAGCCAACAGCCCAUUCAAAACAGGCUGUCUAUUGCCUAACAUGAGCCUCCUUUCUGCAUUGCAGUAGAUGGACCUUCUUGUCAUGUUUUCCGCAUUGAUGCAAAAUGGACUUCCUUUUCAUGUUUUUUACAAUGCUAGGAGAUGGACCUCCUAUCCAAGGAAGGGGGCAGCUUGCAAGUCCAGUUUUGGCUGUGUUUAAGUCAGACUUGAGCUAUGUGCUCUCCAUAUUCAGUCUGAAGACGUCUGGAAUCAGAAGCCGAACUAUUUUGGUUAUACGCCAAAUGGAUGUUUGUCAUCUAAGGAGUGCAGUAGAGUUACAGAAAAACCCACGGCAGAUCCUUUUUGAUGGGCCCAAAAAUAUGUUAAUUACUCUAUAAACAAAAUGUUGCUUCUUCAGUGGUCAAAGCAUCUGACCCAAGGAAGACAUUUUAUUUCAAAAAUAUGACAUAUUUAAUAGGUUAAGGGAUCAGUACCACAUGGAUCGCUAUGUGAACUAAUGAUCGUGACAUUUUGAAUGUGUUAAAAAGUUCUUCUUACUAGGGAGCACAUUGACCUAAUGGUAGUGACAUACCGAAUGGGUGAAAAGGUCUGCUCUGAAAGGGAGCACAGUGACCUAUGACUGAUCAGUACCAGGUAUGAGCAAAAUGACAUUGUGAUAUCUAAAGAUCUGUGGGUAAAAGAGUUGGGUCUGCCCAGUGACAAAGUGACGUGUCGGAAAAAUGCAGUUACCAUGAAAGCCUUUAUCACUUUAAGACUGUGAAUAUAUCUUUAUUUGCCAGUUGCAAUUUGGAUAUUCACGCCAAAGUAUUUUUUUUAUUUUUUUUGCAAAGCAUGCUGCUUGUCUUAAUACACAGAAAUUUAAGAUGUAGGACUUUUUCUUUUUUUUUCUUGUUAUGAAUUCCUCUGCAAGCCCCUGCUUGCUGUACAGUAUAUGUAUUAAACAUACAAAUGCACUUUUGUGCAGAGUAAAUCCAAAGCCUUUCAUUAUGUGAAUUAAAUUAUGAUUUCAAUCCUGCCAGCUCGUUGCCAGAGGUCUGUAGACACCUUAAACCUACUCCUUUUUCAGCACUGUUCUGUUAUACGAGCAAUAAAAUAUUUUACGUCUAUCCAUAUGUUCCGUGUGUGCUUUAAAGUGACCUCGAUACCUGGAAUAUUCUUUGCACAAAUACAUUUUAAACACCCACGCCAACAGAUUAAAAGUUUAAUAAAACCAUAGUAAAUUUAGAUUGUAAAUUUCAUAUCCCACAAUCGUCCCGAUUUGGGGCCACCCAUCCUAGCUUUGUUCUCUAGUGGUCUACUUCUGAGGAACCCACAAAACAAGGGCCCAGAAAGCACUUGUAUGCAACACUCAUUGCAUUAAAGAUAUGUAUGUAAAACUCUUGGCAUUAAACCUAU